GGGAGCAUCUCUGGUAACAAAAGGGUACCUGUCGCCAUGUUAGUUGUACGGCUCUCUUUUUUUUCACUACUCUGAAAAUAAAUUCGAAAGAAGACGGAUCGUUUGUCCUCCUCAUCAACAUCAUCCAAAACCUCUGCCUGCUUUUAUUGGGAAUUUUCUGGACUUGUACUUGCCACGGCCCCGACAGCUUCAUUUUUGGUCCUUCGCCCGAGAUAUUCCAGCGCUUUUUUGCCAAGAUAAAUCCGUGUAUACAAUGGCUCCAACGACCCACCAAAAUCCUCGUCGCUCAUCCGGGAGCAAUGUAUACAGAUGUCGAGUCUGCAGGGGAGUCCACGCACUGAGGGUUUGCCGACGGUUUCUCCAACUGCCGGCUGUGAAGCGGCUCCGCGCGGUACUCAUUAACAAGUACUGCGCAAACUGUCUGGCACACGAGCACUCCGGUCGGUCGUGCCGCAGUACAGCGAGGUGUCAUAUAUGCCAUGAGGCUCAUCACACGCUGCUACACAUCCACACUGGGCAGCCUCGCUCUUCGCGACCCCGACAAAGGCGCAACCCACCCUCGGAUUCUCGGCCUCAGCGUCAGUCACAGCAGCGCCAUAAGGCGCCUGUAUCCGGAUCUCGGCGGCCCGCCACGCCAAUGGAUAUGUCUCCAUCCCGCAGCCGGUCGUGCACGCCUAUCCUGGCGCGCACAAGUGUUAGCAUCCUCCCGACCGCGUCCGUGCUAAUCGGAUCCGACCAAAAGCGGUUUGAUGUCCGAGCCCUGGUGGAUCCGUGCUGUCCUGUGAGUCGCAUCCACAUCUCCCUGGUUAAAGCCCUUAAUCUGGCCAUCACGGGCAUUGGCGACCAACGGGUGUGCACCACCGAGAUGCGCUCCAAGGCCUCCAAGAUGAGCAAGCAGCUUCUGAUGCUGGUGGACGAGCAGAUGCAGACACGAACGCCGGGGCAACCGCUGGACCCGAAGGUGCAGGACAUGUUUCAGAAUGUCACAUUGGCGGAUGACCGGUGGUUCCACCCAUCGCUAGUGUCGGUUGUGCUGGGAGCGGACGUUUACGCUGACCUGAUGCUGCCGGGUAUCCUCCCGGGUCAGGACGGCUUGCCGAUGGCACAAAAUACGACGCUGGGAUGGAUCCUUUCCGGACGAUGCUCCCUCUCGUAGAUCGCAAGCAUUCCUCUUGCGCGGGGGGGGAGAAUGUUCAAGCUGAACAAGGGGCAAUGUCGCCAGGGGAGCAUCUCUGGUAACAAAAGGGUACCUGUCGCCAUGUUAGUUGUACGGCUCUCUUUUUUUUCACUACUCUGAAAAUAAAUUCGAAAGAAGACGGAUCGUUUGUCCUCCUCAUCAACAUCAUCCAAAACCUCUGCCUGCUUUU